CUGGAUGCAGGUGGGGAUGCGUCAAGACACCCAGAGACAACCGCAAGUCUCCAACAAAAGCAAAAAGACGGAACCUCCACAAUAAAAGCCCUAGAGGCGCAUACCAGUAAUAGAGUUUUACUUUGAAGAGGAGUAUGUGAAGUAGUGGUAUGUGCCUUGUGGUUGUCUUGACAACAGGGAUGCAGGUGGAGCGCCUCGUCCAGGACCGUUCACAUCUGUCUUGAAGGAGAGAGGAGAGAAAGAAAAGCUGCGUUUCGGUCUUCUCAACGCUCUGGAUAAAAAAAAAAAACAAUUAAAAAAAGAAGCGCUAUAGCGUGGCCUGUGUGCGGGGAUAUUUACAAACCUGGAGAAUUAUAUCGGAGGGAUUGCCGCAAAACACAAAUUCCCACCUGCCUCAAAAUGAUGGGAUGUAGAACCUCAUAAUCCUCCAUGGUCUGAGAGUUUCAAGAGAAGAAGUGGUGUAUGCUGAAACCAUGAACGCAUCUUAUGCUCCAGCAGAUAGCAGCAAGCUCUGACACCAGACUCCCUCCCUCAUUUUCUUCUGCUCACACUCCAGUUAAAGAGAGAUAACAGGCAGAUAACUCUUCCCCCAAGCUUUUGGCGGAAGUUCAGAUUUCCUGGAAAUUGCACUAAGAUCUGGAUUCCUUGAGUCGAAGAUUCUAUUUUCAGUUCAGGAUAGACCAAGAGGCUUUUGAAGAAAAGGCUGUGUUGAAAUUAUCAUACCUCCCCUUAUUGUACUCUACCCCUGUUCCUCAUUCCUUUCCUUCAAGUCCCAGAGGCACCAACUGAUGGAGAGACGAAGGAGAGAGUCAGGAUAAGGACAAGAAUUAGAGCAUCAGAGAGAAGAGGAAUAAACUGCUGAUUCUUUGAAACUGGAGUAGAGCCUUUGAGAUUAGUUUAACCAGUGAGCUUUGUAUCCCACUUGUUUACAUUUAAAAACUAAGUUCAUUAGCCUCAGCUACAUCUUACAUCUGUGGUGCAUACAGACCUCUAAGGCAACAAAUAGAAAAGGGGAAACCAGGGAACUUUGAGCAUGACAAGAGGGUUACGAUUCCUGUGCUGGCCCCUGUGGCCUCUGGCCUUCUCCAGUCUAUUCACCACAGUCAGGAUGCUGGAAUUUGGUGGGGCGCCUGGCCAGUGGGCCCGCUAUGGGCGCUGGGAGGCAGGAUCAGUGGGUGAGCUGAGCUUUAGUCUCAAGACCAACAUUAGCAAAGCCCUGGUACUCUACCUUGAUGAUGGUGGCAACUGUGACUUUUUGGAGCUGCUCAUUGCUGGCGGUCGCCUCCAGCUGCGCUUUGCCAUCCAUUGUGCCGAACCUGCCACUUUGCACAUGGAGACACGAGUGAAUGAUGACCGCUGGCACAUGGUCUUGCUUACCCGCAACUUCCGUGAGACCCUUCUGAUGGUGGACGGAGAAACCAAAGUGGCUGAGGUCAAGUCAAAGAGGAAGGAGAUGGCAGUGGUCAGUGACCUGUUUGUGGGUGGCAUCCCGCCUGAUGUGCGUCUGUCUGCACUGACAUCCAGCACAGUGAAGUAUGAGCCACCCUUUCAGGGCUUGAUAUCCAAUCUCAAAGUCGGGGAGAUGCCUCCUACUUUGCUAAAUAGCCAAGGCAUCCAGAGCGACCUGGAAUACCUUUGCACCAAGCAGAACCCGUGCUUCAAUGGAGGGUUUUGUUCGAUUCAGUAUGGCGAGGUCCACUGUGAUUGCACCCACACCCGCUUCAAGGGGAAGUACUGCAAAGAAGCUGAAGAGUAUGCUGUUGAAGGUCUGGCGCACCUGACGUUAAACGACCAAGGUGACUCAUCUCAAGUUGGCAAGGAAGAGUCAGUGGCCACCUUCAAGGGCAACGAGUUCUUCUGCUACGACUUGUCAUUGACGCCCAUCCAGAGCAGCACCGAUGAGAUCACGCUUUCCUUUCGGACUCUGCAGCGCAACGGCCUCAUGCUGCACACCGGCAAGUCGGCAGACUACGUAAACCUUUCCCUGAAGAGCGGAGCGGUUUGGCUGGUCAUCAACCUGGGCUCGGGGGCCUUCGAGGCUCUGGUGGAGCCCGUCAAUGGCAAGUUCAACGACAACGCCUGGCAUGAUGUGCGCGUCACCCGCAACCUGCGCCAGCACGCAGGCAUUGGACACGCUAUGGUGACCAUCUCAGUGGAUGGUAUAUUGACCACCACUGGUUACACACAAGAGGAUUACACCAUGUUGGGCUCUGAUGACUUCUUCUAUAUUGGAGGGAGCCCCAAUACUGCUGACCUGCCCGGAUCACCUGUCAGCAACAACUUCAUGGGCUGCCUUAAAGACGUGGUGUACAAGAACAAUGACUUUAAGCUGGAGCUUUCACGGCUGGCCAUUGAGCGAGACCCCAAAAUCACCCUGAACGGUGACCUGGUGUUCCGUUGCGAAGACGUGGCAGCUCUGGACCCCGUCACAUUUGAGACUCCUGAGUCAUACAUCUCUCUGCCGAAGUGGAACACCAAGAAAACUGGAUCCAUCUCCUUUGACUUCCGCACAACAGAGCCCAGCGGGCUUCUUCUGUUCAGCCACGGUCGCCCACAGGGUCCCAAAGAGCAAAAGCCUGGGAGGGAGCUGAAGACUGAUUACUUUGCCAUGGAGCUGCUGGAUGGGUAUUUGUACCUGCUGAUCGAUAUGGGCUCUGGAAAAACAAAGCUGAAGGCCAGCAACAAGAAGGUCAAUGACGGGGAAUGGUGCCAUGUGGAUUUCCAGAGGGAAGGAAGGAAAGGAUCCAUUUCAGUCAACAGUCGCAGCAUGCCCUUUAGCUCCCCAGAGGGCAGUGAGAUCCUGGACCUGGACAGUGAUAUGUAUCUGGGUGGGUUGCCUGAGACCAAGUCAGACCUCAUCCUGCCACCAGAGGUCUGGACAGCACUGCUCAACUACGGAUACGUAGGCUGUGUCCGUGAUCUCUUCAUUGACGGCAAGAGUCGCGAUGUUCGCCGGCUGGCUGAGAUCCAGAGCGCCCUCGGUGUUAGCAGUUUCUGUACACGCGAGCUGCAAAAGAGGUGCAGCAGCGCCCCCUGUGGCAACGGAGGGCUGUGCAAAGAGGGCUGGAACCGCUACAUAUGUGACUGCAUUGGUACCGGAUACCUGGGUACCAACUGUGAGAUAGAGGCGACGGUGUUGAGCUAUGACGGCAGCAUGUACCUGAAGAUCAUCAUGCCGGUCACCAUGCACACAGAGGCCGAGGACGUGGCUAUGCGCUUCAUGUCUCAGCGGGCUUACGGCCUGCUUAUGGCCACCACAUCUAAAGAAUCAGCGGACACCCUGCGGCUGGAGCUGGACGGAGGUCGUGUUAAGCUCACCGUGAACCUCGGCAAAGGACCCGAGACACUGUUCGCGGGGCAGAAGCUGAAUGAUAACGAGUGGCACACGGUGAAGGUGGUGCGAAGAGGCAAGAGUUUGCAGCUAUCUGUGGAUAAUGUCACAGUGGAAGGUCAGAUGACUGGUGCCCACACACGGCUAGAGUUCCACAACAUUGAGACAGGUAUCAUGACCGAGCGUCGCUUCAUAUCCGUGGUGCCCUCCAACUUCAUUGGCCAUCUCCAAGGCCUGACCUUCAAUGGGGUGCCGUACCUAGACCAGUGCAAAAAUGGGGACAUCUCCUACUGCGAGCUGAAUGCACGUUUUGGCAUGCGGCACAUUAUCGCAGAUCCUGUGACAUUUCGAACAAAAGGCAGCUAUUUAGCACUAGCCACGUUACAAGCUUACGCCUCCAUGCACCUCUUCUUUCAAUUUAAAACCACCACACCUGAUGGCCUGAUGCUCUUCAACUCUGGAGACGGGAGCGACUUCAUUGUUGUGGAACUGGUUAAAGGAUAUGUCCACUACGUCUUUGAUCUUGGCAAUGGACCGUCGCUGAUGAAGGGCAACUCAGACAAGCCACUCAAUGACAACCAGUGGCACAAUGUGGUGGUGUCCCGGGAUGCCAACAAUGUACAUACGCUCAAGAUCGACUCACGCACCGUUACUCAGCACUCCAAUGGAGCUCGCAACCUGGACCUCAAAGGGGAGCUGUACAUCGGUGGUGUGACCAAGAGCAUGUACAGCAAUCUGCCCAAGCUGAUUGCAUCCCGGGACGGGUACCAGGGCUGUCUGGCCUCCGUUGACCUGAAUGGGAGACUGCCCGACCUGAUCGCAGAUGCCCUCCACAGGGUGGGCCAGGUGGAACGAGGCUGCGAUGGACCCAGUACCACCUGUACGGAGGAGUCCUGCUACCAUCAGGGGGUUUGUCUCCAGCAGUGGGAGGGCUUCACCUGCGACUGCACCAUGACGUCCUAUGGAGGCUCAUUUUGCAAUGACCCUGGGACAACGUACAUCUUCGGGCGAGGCGGAGCCCUCAUCACAUAUACCUGGCCACCCAAUGACCGGCCGAGCACACGGGCAGAUCGGCUGGCAGUGGGCUUCAGCACGCAGCUGAAGGAAGCCGUUCUGGUCAGGGUAGAGAGCGCCAAGGGACUUGGAGACUACCUGGAGCUGCACAUAGAGCGGGGAAAGAUCGGCGUGAUCUUCAACGUGGGAACGGAUGACAUUACCAUCGAGGAGAGCGCGGUGAUGGUGAGCGACGGCAAAUACCACGUAGUGCGAUUUACACGCAGUGGUGGAAACGCGACGCUACAGGUGGACAACCAGCCAGUGAUCGAACGUUUCCCCUCAGGGAACUUUGAUAAUGAGCGCCUGGCUAUUGCUAGACAAAGAAUCCCAUACCGACUCGGUCGGGUAGUUGACGAGUGGCUACUCGACAAAGGUCGCCAAUUGACCAUCUUCAACAGCCAGGCGUUCAUCAAAAUUGGUGGCGGUGGAGAAAAGGGGCGCCACUUCCAGGGCCAGAUCUCAGGCUUGUACUACAACGGCCUGCAGGUUCUCAAACUGGCAGCUGAGGGUGACCCCAAUGUCCAGACCCACGGCAAUCUAAGGCUGGUGGGCGAUGUACCCUCGGUGCUCACUACUGACACCACCUCCACCACCCCACUGGCUGACAUGUCCACCACAAUCAUGGAGACAACGACAACUAUGGCCACAACCACCACCCGCAAACAGCGCUCGCCCACCAUGAGGGACAGCGUCACACAGAACGCAGAUGACCUCUUGGUAGCAUCAGCUGAGUGUCCUAGUGAUGACGAAGAUUUGGAGGAGUGUGAGCCUGGAAAUGGAGGUGAAUUAGUGUUGCCCAUAAUAACGGUGGACUCCCUAGACCCCCCAUCCAUCGCCACUCGCUACCCAGUAAUCCCCCCGCCCCCCACCACCUACCGCCCCUUCCUCACCCUGCUCGAAACCACCAAAGAGUCCCUCCCCUUGCCCAAUGGCCGGCCCCCCUGUCCCAUGGACCAGGAGGACUGCGAGGAGCCCAUCGAGGUGUCGGCAUACGGCUCGGGGGAGAUGACCGAGUCGGAUGACGAGGACUAUUACAAAAACAGAAACUCCCCCCUGGUCACCGACAGGACUGUCCUUCCUCCUCCCCCGGCCGUCGAGGGUGGCGUCCAGAACCCUCGAGACCGCCAUUUCUCCCGCUUCCCCAACUCCAACCGCCCACCUCUCUCCUCCACCCCUACGGCCAACCCCGACCAGCUCAACCCGCGAAUCAAGCCGGCCGGCGGCGGCAGCAGCAGUAGCAGCAACAACAUCCCCGCUGGCAAAAUGAACACCCGAGAUCAGGUGCUGCUGCCGCCGGCCCACCCCUCGUCAGACCCAGGCCACCGCAGAGUCCCGGGAAUAACGUACCCCCCAAAUUUUCCCCAUGUUCCCACUCCAGAUCCCACGUCUCCUGAGAGGGGCCUCCCAGGAGCUGUGGAGGUGCAGCAGUCCAGCAGUACUACGGGGAUGGUAGUGGGCAUCGUGGCAGCCGCCGCGCUCUGCAUCCUCAUCCUGCUCUAUGCCAUGUACAAAUAUCGCAACCGAGAUGAAGGCUCCUACCAGGUGGACCAGAGUCGUAACUACAUCAGCAACUCAGCCACACAGAGCAACGGAGCCCUGGUGAAGGAGAAACAGCCCAGCACUGCCAAAACGGUCACCAAGAACAAGAAGAACAAAGACAAAGAGUACUACGUCUGAGGGAGCACUGCCGGGACACACAGAGACAGACAGCAGACGCACUUGGAGAAGGAAAGAGACGAGAGAGAGAAAGAGAGAGAGGGUGAAGAGGCAGUAUACACAAAAUGGCUAACAUCCGCACAGUCAUUCAUUCAUUCAGUAUUGUCAGGUGGCCGUACAACUAGAGCGGUAAAAGCACAUGAACGCUAAGUUCCAUCACAGUCCAGUCCACACCGUUCAGCUUUUGUUUGAUUGAUUAGAUUUCUUAUUAACAUCUACCAUUGUGUGGAUUUCAGAAAAGGCUAGUACACCUCACAUCUCAACCCAUACUGUGCCAACAACUGUGUACCACACACUGAUAAAACAGUGAUUUAUGGGUUAGCAUAUGACAGGUUAUUUAAUAACUUGAGUACUGUAAGAAAGCACCACCAUCAGUAUUUGUGUCAAGGUUUGUACAUUCAGAGGUGAGCUUAUGGUGUAAGCCUUCACUUUGGACAGAAUCAACAUAUUUUCCAACUAAGGUUGAAUUAUCAACUUGACAUCCCUGUGUAAAAUCAAUAUACUGCCAUCUUACAGAAACACUGUGUCAAAACCACCUCGGUAAGUGUUCAGCAUCUCUCACCUCUCGUUGGAUCUCUCUCUCUCUUCCUCAUUUGCUCGUGCACUCUGUUUCUCUCCUUGUCUACGGUGCUCAGCAGCCGAUGCAACGUAAACUCUGCCGUGUUUCAAGCAUGUAGUAUUCAUUUACGAAAAAGAGAAACUGUUUUUCUUUCUGUGGAGUUUAAAAAACAAAAAAUAUGAUGAUUGAUGAUCAUAACAACCUUAAACGUAGCAACUAUGUGAGAUACCACCGCUCCAAUCUAUGGAUGCUAACUUGUACGUUUAGCCGCCAAAAACUUUUUGAGGCCAAAAACCCUUGGUCGUCCUUUGUUCCAGCAGAUCUGUGUCAUGUGUUUCUGGGGCUCCGAGGUGCCCCCUAGUGGGCCAGCAGAGAAACUGUGUCACGUCCUUACAAUUACUAAUCACCGGAAAACAGAAAAAACCUCCAGCAAACAAGAUGAACUCUGUUCUAUAUAAUUAUAAAUAUAUGUAUAGACGUUACAGAAACCUAUGGACCUAAAUUGUGAGCGUGUGGGAAAGAGAGCGUUCACACAUUAGUGAGCAGCGAAGAUGGACUUUAGGAUUUUUGACGUCAGAACACUUUAACCGCCUAAACUCCCCCAGACCCCUCCCCCUCAUAAACAGUUUGGCUGAUGAAAUGCCUCGCUGCAAGACCCAGUCUCUUUGGUUUGCUCUUUUCUUUUUUAUCUGAGUUUUCUCUCUGGAGAAAUGAGAGACAUUUUAGGGAAAUUCUGAAUUCGUCUUGCUGGAGUUCGACUGAGGAGAGAGCCUACCUUGCAGGUGAAAAAGCGACUGUGUCUUUCACCCCUCUCUAGCCUGAAUGGACUGAUGGCAGCCAAUGGGCAAAGCAAACUGUGGAAGAGCACACAAACAAGGUGAACGCCAGUUCCCUGGAAGAUGUACAACAGAACUCUAGUAUUCCAAUUUUCUCAACUCUAAUAAAAAAGGAAACUGUACCAUGAAAAGAAAAGAAAAAUCCUGAAAAAAGUUUGUGAAAUGUCUAAAUAUUUGACUCUCAUCCCAUUACUAAGAGAAAUGUGUUUUCCCUACUAUCAUUCCUGUUUGGAGAAAAAAUGACUGAUUCUGGGAAACUGAAAUUUUUAUGUAUUUUCUUUUGGUAAUUGAACAAACGUGAUUUGGGUUUUGAACAUGAAACCAUGCAUUCUCUUUUUCCAGGGGAGCAAAGAUACUCUCCUUUAAUUCCAUCCAUCUGUCAACCUCAAUCUAUUUUUUAUCCUGCACCCAUUCCUUUGUUCUGGCAGAUUGUACGUUCUCAUACCCUGUGGAGAAAGCAGGCGCAACCCAUCCUCCAUCUUUUUUUUUUUUUUUUUGGUUUACUUUUAUAUCUAUUUUUGUCUAUAUGGCUAGAGACAAGAUGGCUGCCACUUCAUUUGACAGGCUCCAUCCAUUCACUCCUGCCACUUUUGUCUGGUUUUUCUCUUUCUCCAUUUCAAGCAUACUCCUCCCAGUAUCUUCCUGUUCUUUCUAAAUGUUAUUGUAAAGUGUUCCAGUGAGAUGACUCUAAAUAUGUGUACAUUAACAGAGGGAAUACACUUGGUUAUAUACUUCUUA